AUGAUGUCUUCACCGAGAAAGAGUCCCAAGAAAGCCAAGGCGAGAAAGCCUAAACGAGCCAGUUCUCAUCCAGCGUAUAGUGCAAUGAUUGCUGCCGCAAUCGGAGCAUUAAAAGAACGUGGUGGUUCCUCCCGUCAGGCUAUCGCCAAAUAUAUCCAGGCCAAUUACAAGGUGGACAGCAACAUGAAUACUCAUCUCAAGAUGGCACUGAAGCGAGGAGUUGCCAGUGGCAAGUUCGUCCACGCCAAGGGCGUUGGAGCCAGCGGUUCCUUCAAGCUAAAUGUAUCAGCAGCAAAGGCUGCUGCUGCUGCCAGAGCAAAGAAAGAAAAAGCAAGGAAGAGGGCUGCACAGGCUAAACUCAAAGCUGCAGCAAAGAAGGCCGCUAAAAAAGCAAAGAAAGCUGCAAAGAAGUCCAAGCCAAAGACAAAGAAAAAGGCAGCUAAGAAGGCGAAGAAAGCUAAAUCUCCGGCAAAGAAGGCCAAAAAACCGAAGAAGGCUGCCAAAAAGAAAGUUGCCAAGAAGUCAUCACCAAAGAAAGGCCCCAAGCAGAGGAAAAGGGCAAAGACAGCAAGGAAAUCUCCAAAGAAGGCUGCAAAGAAGUAA